AUGAAUAUCCUCUUUGUGAUAUUUUGUUCAGUUGAAGUCACUUCAGUGAUACUUGGAGAUAGCUGCAAUCAAUCCUCCAAUUGUAGUGACUUACUCUUAGUCUCUGGGAAGAUGUGUGGAGUGACAUCUCCGUCUUCCUUUACGAUUAAAGGGAAACCGAAGAAAUGUCAAUUAGAUUCUUCUUUCUGUGUAGAUAAAUGUGGGUUACAAUAUAACGGCUGUUCCUAUGAAUUUUGUCAAGACUGUCCACCGACAUGUUUGGGGGCGACUGUGUGUUCUGAAGUCGAGUGUGGGGUGAAGUUUGAUAAUUGCUACGAGUAUUAUUGUGGGACGUGUUCUGGAGAUAAAGCGUGUCACAAUAACACAUGUCAAGACACAAAAUGUGGGGAUGGUGUUUGUGAAGGGAAAGAGAGUUGUAGCACAUGCCCUGGGGAUUGUGGGAUAUGUAAUUUGUAUCAAUGCAAUGAAGACAACUGCAAGCUUCCCAACUGUCGAUGUGCUACUGAAAAUACUCCAAAUAACAUGGAUCCAAAGGGAUUACCUCAAUUCAUAUUACUCACUAUCGAUGAUGCGAUUUUCGAGACACAUUAUACCCUUGCAUAUCGGCCAUUAUUGACUGCAAGUAUCAAAGACUCUCGUGGGAGAACACCGACAAUUACAUUUUACAAUAACAAUGCUUACACUUUAUAUAACAGAGGAUCUCAUGUGAUGAAUUUGGGUGCCGAAAUAGCAUCGCACACAUUCACACACACGUCAUAUUAUGGUACGAACUUUUCAACAUGGUUUAAUGAAUAUUCAUCAUCUAAAAGAUUCUUUAAAGCACUUGCUGAAGUCGAAGUGCGGGGAGUUCGUAGUCCCAAACUUGAGUGGAAUGAGGACGAGUUCACUGUAUUAAAAUUAUUGAAUUUUAGAUAUGACGCCAGUCUUAUCGAAUCAGUCUAUGGAAACACCUUUAAAAAGCUUAUUUGGCCAUUCACAUUAGAUUAUGGGUGCCCACAAAUUAAUGACGCAAAUAUGAAGGGGAUGUUAAACAAACGAUUUAAAGGGUUGUGGGAGAUCCCGUUGAGUGAUUGGGUUGACGAAUUUGGCGAAGGAAUUGAUUCAAUGGACUACAAAUUAGAUGGCGACUUGUUAUACAAAUAUUUGGUGUACAAUUUCGAGAGACAUUACAACACCACCAAAAGUCCAUUUGGUAUUUAUUUACAUGGGCCUUGGUUCACUCCAUCUCGAGUAACUGUUCUUCUUAAAUUUUUGCAAGAAGUCAUGGAAAAGUACACAGACGUCUUCUUCGGAACAUCAUCGGACAUCAUUGACUACAUGACCAACCCAAUCACUUCUUUUGAAUAUCGAAAGAAACCAGUGAAGAAGGUUGAGGACAUCGAGUGUCCAUUUGGAACACAGAAACACAGAUGUGAGUUCUCUGAUAUGACAUUUGAUACAUGCUACAUAUGUACACAAGAACGCACUCUCAUGCAAAAUUUGGUUGUUCGAGAAUAA